UGAAAGCAGAAGCCUUAUCGAGUUGUCAUGUACUAUCGUUUACUAAACGUUAAAAUACAUGAAAUGUAUACAAAAAAGGAAACAUGUUAAACCGGAUAUUCAUGUGAAAACUUGAAAUCGGAUUCACAUGUUUCUUGAUACUCUUCGAACAUAUCAAGUAUCUUCGUGGUCACUUAUGAUGAUCAUCUCCAGCCGGCUAAAACCUUGUUCAAAAUAGUUUUGUGAGUCAGCCUCAUUGAAAGUUUUUCAAGAAAGAAGAAAAGUUCGUUAUUGAAGAUAUGGAUUAAUUAGACUUAUCUCUUGGAUCGUUUAUCAUCGAGGAAGAUAAUUGACAGAUAACCAAGGAAGGUCGAGAAUUUCCAUGGAAGUACGGCUAGCGAUAGCCAACUCAGAAUGAAAAGGACCGAUGUCGACCACCCAUUUCUAGUGCGCAGAGUUGAAAACAUUUAUUGUAGCCGACCGCCGGAUAUCGAUUUAUGACGAAGUCUGUAUAAAAGUCGUUUCGAAAGGAGAAAAAAAAUUAGGUCGGCUUUUGCAUCAAAAAAUAAAAAGAGAACUGUUACUUUAACCAGUAGUCGGUUCAUUAAUCAUUAUCAAAAAGUAACGAAAAGGAUGGUGUUCAGUACGAUAGUCAUAACGACGGCUUUGAAAGGUGCGUUAGGCUUAGUAGGGACUGGUCUUUGGUUGGUACCACUUCUUAUAGCUGCUCUAUCUUACUAUCAGUAUGAUCAGCUGGAUCCAGAAAGUCGACCUAUCGAUAGAUACCCUCUAAAUCCUGAAUACGAUUUUAUCGUGAUCGGUGGAGGAUCGGCAGGUGCUGUUGUAGCAAACAGACUCUCUGAGAUUUCAAAUUGGAACAUUUUAUUACUGGAAGCUGGACCGGACGAAAACGAAAUAACAGAUGUCCCCUCGUUAGCUGCCUAUCUACAGUUAACUAAAUUAGAUUGGAAGUAUAAGAUUGAAGCUACGGGAAGAGCUUGUCUCGCGAUGAAAGGUGGCCGUUGUAAUUGGCCACGAGGGAAGGUUCUCGGAGGAUCGAGCGUUUUAAAUUACAUGCUUUAUGUUAGAGGUAAUAGACACGACUAUGAUUAUUGGGAAGCCUUAGGUAAUCCUGGUUGGGGUUACAAAGAAGCGCUUUAUUAUUUCAAAAAAUCCGAAGACAACAGGAAUCCCUAUCUUCGAAACAAUCCUUAUCAUUCAACGGGUGGUUACUUGACCGUUCAAGAAUCACCAUGGAUCACACCCCUCGCUGUAGCAUUCUUGCAGUCUGGUGUAGAAUUAGGCUACGAUUUGAGAGAUAUAAACGGGGAAUUUCAAACCGGUUUUAUGAUACCGCAAGGAACUAUUCGAAGAGGCAGCAGGUGUUCCACGGCAAAAGCUUUUCUUCGUCCUAUAAGGUUACGCAGGAACUUUCACACGGCUAUGAAUUCGCACGUGACAAAAAUUGUUAUCAAUCCUUUCACCAUGAAAGCUGUCGGUGUAGAAUUUGUGAGAAAUGGUCGUAAACAAUACGUUCGAGCUCGCAAGGAAGUAAUUCUAUCAGCAGGUGCUAUAAAUAGCCCUCAAAUUCUUAUGCUCUCCGGUAUUGGACCAAAGGAACAUCUUCGUCAGAUUGGCAUACCUCUUUUGAAAGAUCUCAAAGUCGGUGAAAAUCUUCAAGAUCACGUAGGAAUGGGCGGUCUUACUUUCCUCGUCGAUAAACCGGUAGCGAUAGUUCAAAAACGUUUUUAUGGCGCACCAGUGACUAUGCAUUACGCAGCCAACGGAAAAGGACCUAUGACCACUCUCGGUGGUAUUGAGGGAUAUGCUUUUAUCAACACAAAAUUUGCCAACAAGUCUAUCGAUUAUCCUGACAUUCAAAUCCACAUGGCGCCGGCGUCGCUUAAUUCGGACGGUGGCGUACAAAUCAAAAAAGUUUUGGGAAUAAAAGACGAAGUUUACGACACUGUUUACGAUCCGAUUGCAAAUAAGGAUGCCUUCACUUUCAUACCUCUUCUCCUCAGACCCAGAUCACGUGGUACAGUUAAACUAAAAAGCUCUAAUCCCUUUCACAAUCCAAUAAUUGACGCUAACUACUUCGACGAUCCGUUAGACAUAGCCACUCUCGUUGAAGGUGCGAAAAUAGCUGUUAAACUCGCCGAAGCGAAAGUUUUCAAACAGUUUGGUACUAGGUUACAUCGACUGAAGAUACCUGGCUGUCGACAUCUUAAAUUCAGUUCAGAUGCCUACUGGGAGUGUCAUAUUCGUCAUAUUUCCAUGACAAUUUAUCAUCCGGUCGGUACAACGAAAAUGGGACCUCAAAACGAUCCUACAGCAGUUGUGGAUCCUAGACUAAGGGUUUAUGGUAUCCGAAAUAUAAGAGUCAUCGACACCUCUAUAAUGCCGACGAUUUGUAGUGGUAAUACCAAUGCACCAGCUAUCAUGAUUGGUGAAAAAGGUGCAGAUCUCAUCAAGAGCGAUUGGUUAUCUUAUUCAACCAAAUGAUAGUGUGGGAACGAGUAUCUCCAUUUAAUAUAAAUAGGCAUUCGUGAAGAGAUUGACCGAAGGACCUAGAUAGCUUAAUGGUUACAAAGCGGAAGACCUGGGUUUGAGUCCCGGUUAAAAAUCUUUUAAUGAAUACUUAAUACAAUACUUAAAACUUACUAUAAAACUUUCAUAAAAAUUUGUUAACUAAUAGAAGGUAAAAGAUAAAGGGAAAGGAAAUAAUUAACAAAGAUAUUGUUACGUUCGAUAUAUUUGAAAGUAUGAAUUAGAAAGACUGGGACAAGCAGAAAAAAAACCAAACCAGGAGCUAUGUGUACAAUUGAUGUCUAUUUUACGACGGAAGAUUUUUAACAUAGCAAGGAUAGUGCUAGUUAAAAAUAUACACGACUCAGGUAUAAUUAUUUCCGUGUGCCAUAAAAUUCUAAUAGCGCUUAAUCUAAUCGAACGAUUGUGUAUUAUUUCUAUUUUCUUCUAUUUCUCUUA